AUGGCUCUCCAGUCCUGUCGCCCGAGCCUGGCCCGCUGCCGGCACGCCGCUCGUGCCUUAUCCCCCUGCGUGCGCGCAUACGCGACCGAAUCCGCGCCGUCAACGCCAGAGACCUUCAAGGUCCCCGCCACAACACCCAGCACAAAUACGAAGCCGCGAUGGAGCCAGACGCCCGAGGGCAUGAAGGCGCCGCUGCAGCUGGACUUUGCGAAGAGCGCCAAGAACAAGAUUUGGGCGGUGAACAACGACCCUACGCGGCUGGACGAGGUGUAUAACCGCUUGCUGGGGCCCGGGGGCAGCAAGAUGCUGCCAGAGGAGCUCAAGUGGCUGGCCGUGACGCAUAAGAGCUUCGAUCAAGGGAGGAGAGGGUUCAAUGACCGAUUGGCAUUGCUAGGACGGUUGACGAUGGUAAUGGAAGCAACAAAGGAGAUUGUGAGCAAGGAGCCCCUCGCUGGCUCAAUACUCCCCGACCAAUUCGACAGAACGCCAUUGGAGGAUGAUCAGCUACUGUCGGUGGACAACCUCAAUGCCAUGGGACCCCGAGACAUGAUUGGCAAGGACAAGCUCUACCAGCUGGCUAACAACGUGGGGCUGCUGGACGUGGUACGGUGGAAGCCUCGAUUGCCCCGACGACUUGAGGCCUCUGGCGUGGAAGUUGUGCUGAACUCGGCGCUUAUGGCCAUCGUUGGCGCAAUCACACUGCAGCACGGAUCGGCCGUGGCAGCACAGGUGGUGAGGGAGAGAAUAUUGGCACAGGUGCCCAAGGACGACUGA